AUGUAUCAAUCUGCAAAGAAAGCCGCUGACGUGGCCAAUGCUAAGGCGAUAGCGAGAUGUCGUUGCUUAUCCAAGCUCUGUGCGUCUGUACUUAGCAGUCAAUAUUUCACAGAAUUGUUCUUGACCAAAUCUUCUGUUAGCCCUCAGCUUCUGUUCGCCUUCGAGGCUGGCAGAGAGAUAUCCAUUUUUUCUUCGCCUCAGCCUGAAAAUCCAGAAGAUAGCUCGUAUGUUGUAGCUGCCAAUCACCUUGCACGUUUCCCACGUUCCUAUAGAUUCUCUGCUCCUACCAGUGGCUUCUUCUGUUAUAAAGUUAAACAUACAUGUGAAGGGGUGGACGUUCCAGAGUUUGUUCCGGUGAUAUGUAACCCCAGCACGGGACAGUCCUUGACCUUACAAAGAUUGAACUCGAGAAAGAAGUAUGGAGGGGAAACCUAUCUUGGGUAUGACCCUGUUUCCAAAGACUUCAAGGUAUUGUCAAUGGAACACUCGUUUGUAAGUGGUGAGUUGAUCUCUGUGGAGCACCAAGUUCUGACAUUAGGAACCAAUAAAUUGUCAUGGAGGAUGGUCGAAUGUUGCAUACCACAUUUUUGUUCUCAUAAGUGGAUAUGCAUCAGUGGUGUUAUCUACUACGCAGCUACAGCAGCCGGAUCUAAAGUGGAAUUAUCUAUGGUAGCUUGUUUUGAUUUGAGGUCUGAGAAGUUCUACUUUGUGAAAUUAAGUAGAGAAAGGCCUGGUUCAACAACUCUGGUAAAUUACAAUGGAAAACUGGGUUUGCUUAUGUCUGGAGAUUCUGGUUAUAUUAGUCGAGCAAGUAAAAGUCUUGAGCUGUGGGUUCUACGAGAUGCUGGAAACAAUGAGUGGUCCAAGCAUAUAUACGUAUUACCACCUCUGUGGAAGGAUGUAGUUGCCAGGGACAUGCAAAUACGCAUUGCUGGAAUGGUUGGUGUAAAUGAAAUUGUCUUGGCUCCUACUUGGUUCCAAAACGUGCCUUUCUAUGUCAUCUACUUCAACGUGGAGAGAAAAACGAUCACAAAAGUUGGCUUCCAAGGAAUGGAAGCGUUUCGGGGUAAGAGUUUCGACACCUAUCUCAACUACGUUGAGAAUGUGAAGCUUAUUUAAGCAUUUUAAGAGA